AUGGGGGCAGCUGAUAAGGCGGCAUUGGAGAAUCCGAAAGACAGUUGUGAAGCAGAGGAAGUGGGUGGUGCGAACGAGAAGCUUGGAGCGGUUGAAGCCGUUGCUGAUGGAGUAACAGUGGUGGGUGUGGAGGUUGUUGGUGGCUUUGAAAGAGGUGAGGCUGUUGGGAACGAGAAGCCUGAAGAGGAACUCAAGAAGCUUGGGAAUGAGGGUGUGGUUGAAGCUGAAGACGAUGAAGCAGAGCUGAACAAGGGUGUUGAAGAAACUGAAGAUGAGCUAAACAGAGAUGAAGCAGAAGCGGAAGCGGAGCCAAUCAGGGGUGAACUGGAUGCCGAUACAGUUGAAUCCGAGGAGCAAAACCAAGAUGAUGGAGCGGAGGACGCUGCUGAGGACCUGAAUCCGAAAGAAUGGGCCGCGGCGGAGCUAGGGCUAGAGGACCCGAAAGCUGGGGCGGAGGACCAUGAGAACCCGGUUGACGUGGCGGGGGAAAUGACAGGAGGUUUGGUCGAUGGUAAAGGCUGUGCUGAGGACAAGCUACAAAAGACAUCUAUAAUAGAUGAUCAUGAAGAAAAAGCUGGACUUGAAGUAGGGAAGAAGGCAAAUGAGGCCUCUGGUAAACCAGACACUCCACUUAUCACACAAACAGAAGAGAUACACUUGUCGGAAGUAGGAAAUUCUGAUAUAUUCAAAGUAUAUCUUGAAAUUGGGUCAGAAGACAUCAUCAAGGAGAGUCCAAAAGAACCUGAGUACCAAAAUGAAUUCCUUGAAGAAACUCUCGAAGCCAGUGACAUUGCAAGUGAAACAGUUAACGAUGAUGAAAAUUCAGAAUGA